AUGUUUUCUGCGGAUCGCCGGCAAACGCCCACUUCGCCCGCACAGGGUCAGGCGCAAGGGAAUGCCUAUUCACCUGCGAGCCACAACAGGACUGGCUCAUUUUCCGGCGUCCCUCCAUCGCCGAACCACUACCAGAGCCUCCCCGUCUCACCCACAUCCACCCGCUUCCCACCACCACCCUCGCCGACAGCACGCGACCGACCGCCUUCAGGCUACUAUGACCCUACAAGCGAAGCAAGAGCAGGGAUGCGCGAGCAGAGCGUGAAUGGCACUCCAUACCAGCCUCGCUCGCCGGUCCAGCAACGCGAUCAUUCUUUCAACCAACACAGCUUUCCACCUCCUCCACCUAGACCAUCCUUCAUGAACGGCCACCCCCACGAACCACAUCCCGCCUUCAUGCCUCCUCCGAACCAAUCCUCCCCCGCAUCUCACGCGCAUCCAGGUCCACCACCGAGCUUGACAUCCCCGCCGCUAAACUACGAUACUGUGCGCUCCAACGGCAACCACACCCACGCGCACUCCACCAGCCAAGAUUCCAAUACCUCCUCACAACCUGCGCCGCGAAGGUCGAACCCGAUGUCGAUGAACAACAUCCUCAGUGAAGCUGCGCCAACUACACCAGAGGUGAAAACCAAGGCGCCAUCGCCAGUGAGCAGCAUGGCUGCGAAGCCGCACAGCCGGAAAGCGAGCAGGGCAUCAAGCGUCUCACAAGCACCGCCCACAAAGAUGAAGCAAGAGCCGCUAGAUCCACCACGUCCGUCAGCGCAGCCUCCUCGCGCGUCUCUGCCACCGCAGACGGGUCCGCCAUCCUUAACGAUAAAAGCGACUGAGAGUGCUUGGGCCGAAAUACAGGCUAUGGAUCUGUCGGAUGUUGAGAACGAGGACCAUCCCUUUGCGCGCGAGCAGAAGGAAAACUACAAGAAGCUCAGUGACAAGCGCACUCUGGAGUUGGAAGCCAACGAAGGGGUGAAGCGCAAGCGGCGCCGCGCAAACCUCAUGGGCAAGUUCUACGAACACUUUAAUGAUGCUGCAGAGGCGGAGCGACAGGCGUUCAUUGACGCGCAUGAGAACGAGGUGGCUGAGGAGGUGCGCCAGAAGGAGGUCGAAGAGGACAAGGAGCGCAAGAAGGAUCAGCAGCGCAAGCGAAGGCGCGAGAAGGCUAUUGCGGACGAGCAGGUCAAGCUCGAUGAGGCGAUUCAGAGUCUGGCGAACGUGCAGGACGACGAAGAGAAGGCUCGCCUUGAGAAGGAGAUUCAGCGCUACGAGAAGAAGAUCCGGGACACGCACAGCCGACUUCAAGGCAUCACUCCAUCGAAGGAGUUCCGGCAUGAGUCUCCUCACAACAACGCUGCACUUGGGAGAAGAGAGCGCGAGGUCGCGAUGGAGGGCGGGCUCAUGACAUCCUUCUACAGCACCAACAGCAUGAACGAGGAGGGCACGCCAGAGUACUCGGCAUCAGCACGUGGUCGCGCAAAGGCGGGCAGAGGCGGCGCCAGCGGUGUACGCGCUCGCAAGAGCAAAGAGCAGAAGCAAGCCGAGAAGGACAACGCUGCUCGUGGACAGGCAUUCCUCGACCAAGGCCAAGAUCUGCCAGCUCUCGCUCCCAAGGAGGAAGAGCGAUUGCUGAGCUACGGCGAGCGCCGCCGCCAGAUGGACCGCGAGGACUCCGAACUCUCCGACAUUGCCCCUACGGCAUUCGACAUGCAGCCCACGGCUGGUCUGACGGGCAUGGCGAAGUUCGAGAGCAAGGGGUACAACCAGAUCUACGAGCAGAUCUCGCGGGAUAUUGCCAAGAGUGUGCCAAAGGUCGUCCGUAUCAAGAACAACAGCCUGGACACCAAGCAGUCGAACGCUCGCAAGACGGCCCAGCUGGCUGCCAAGGAGGCGCGACGAUGGCAGCUGCGCACGAACAAGAGCACGAAGGAUGUUGCUGCUCGCGCGAAAAGGGCUAUGCGGGAGAUGCUCGGCUUCUGGAAGCGCAAUGAGCGCGAUGAGCGAGAAGGUCGCAAGGUCGCUGAGAAGCAAGAACUCGACAAGGCUAAGAAGGCUGAGGCAGACCGCGAAGCCAACCGGCAAAAGAGGAAGCUCAACUUCUUGAUCAGCCAGACGGAGCUGUACAGCCAUUUCAUCGGCAAGAAGGUCAAGACUGAUGAGAUCGAGAAGUCGGGUGUUGAUGGCGAUGGGGUCGCGCCGACCGCACAGACUGUGGAGGACAAGCCUGGUGCGAAUGUCGUCCAAAUGCCUGACGGCAAACUCAAGGCCAAGGUCACUAACUUUGAAGACCUGGACUUUGACGCUGAGGACGAGACCGCGCUCCAAGAAGCGGCCAUGGCGAACGCACAGCAUGCCAUUCAAGAGGCUCAAGAUCGCGCGCGAGCCUUCGACAAGCAAGAAGGUAACGACAGUAUGGAUCUACAAGCCGCCCAGGACAACUUCGACGAGGGAGAGAUGAACUUCCAGAACCCGACCUCGUUGCAAAGCAUGGACAUCACCCAGCCGAAAAUGCUCGACUGCCAGCUAAAAGAGUACCAGCUCAAAGGUCUCAAUUGGCUGGUCAACUUGUACGAGCAAGGCAUCAACGGUAUCCUUGCCGAUGAAAUGGGUCUGGGCAAGACUGUGCAGAGUAUCUCCGUCAUGGCAUACCUGGCUGAAGUCCACGACAUCUGGGGACCUUUCUUGGUCAUCGCGCCUGCCAGUACCCUGCACAAUUGGCAGCAGGAGAUCACGCGCUUCGUGCCGGAUAUCAAAGUCCUGCCAUACUGGGGCUCUGCGAAAGACCGGAAGAUCUUGCGCAAGUUCUGGGACCGCAAGCACAUCACCUACAACCGCGAGUCACCCUUCCAUGUGCUGGUGACGAGUUACCAGUUGGUUGUGCAAGACACCGCGUACUUCCAGAAGGUGAAGUGGCAGUACAUGAUCCUCGACGAAGCGCAAGCCAUCAAGUCCAGCCAGAGCUCGCGCUGGAAGAGUCUGCUCGGCUUCCACUGCCGCAACCGUCUCCUGCUCACCGGCACGCCUAUCCAGAACAACAUGCAAGAACUCUGGGCCUUGCUGCAUUUCAUCAUGCCCUCGCUCUUCGACUCCCACGACGAGUUCUCGGAAUGGUUCAGCAAGGACAUCGAGAACCACGCGCAGUCCAACACCAAGCUCAAUGAGGACCAGCUGCGCCGUCUUCACAUGAUCUUGAAGCCUUUCAUGCUUCGUCGCAUCAAGAAACACGUGCAGAAGGAGCUGGGUGACAAGAUUGAGGAAGACGUCUUCUGCGACCUCACCUACCGCCAGCGGGCUUACUACACAAAUCUGCGCAACAAGAUCUCAAUUCUGGACCUGAUCGAGAAGGCUGCUGUGGGCGAUGACCAGGAUACAGCUACGCUGAUGAACCUUGUCAUGCAGUUCCGCAAGGUGUGCAAUCACCCGGACUUGUUCGAGCGAGCCGAGAUCACCAGCCCGCUUGCCAUGAGCGCUUACGCGGAGACGGCAAGUUUCAUGCGUGAGGGCAGCUUCGUGCAGAUGGCGUAUAGCGUCCGUGGACAAGUGGAGUAUUGGCUGCCGAAGAUGCUUGCGGAAGGGCAGGGGAGGCUGGAUGUUGCUGGGCCCGAGAACGAGAAAGCAGGCUGGAAGACGAAGUUCCUUGGGACUGAUGGCAGUGUCUUUGACGAACGCAACGUCGUCAAAAGCAACGCCUUCUCCUGGCUCCGCUUCAUAGACAUGUCGGCUACUGAUGUGGCUAGCACGGCGAAGAAAGGCAUCUUCGAGCGCGCGGUUGGUGUGUUGCAGCAACAUGAUCGACUGGGCAGAUUCAAGGUCGCCUACGAUGAUGACGAGGAAGAGCAGGAGAAUGCUGGGUUCACGCCUGUGCAUUCGAUGCUCAAUAUCGUUCAGCGCAACAGCCGGAAGCCGCUUGCAGACGUCACGCAGGAUGGAAUCUUGAACAAGCUGAUGAACGUCUCCCGACACUCGAUUGAGGAGAAGGGCUACUCCGUCAUCGAGGCCUGCUACAUCCCGCCUGCGUCUGCGCCGCCGGUCGACCUGGUGUGUCCGAGCGACAAGGCGAUGGCGGAGAAGGAGUCGACAUUGUUCAACGUCCCAAUCCGCCGGGCACUCUACCCGGUCAACACGCCGACCGAAUCUGCCUUGCUACACUCGAAGCUCCCGGCAUCAAAGUACCCACCCACCGGCCUCCUACCCGCGCCAGCCUCCCAAAAACAGCGCUUCACCCAAAUCCAAGUGCCCAGCAUGCGCCGCUUCGUCACCGAUUCCGGCAAACUCGCCCGCCUGGACCAACUCCUGCGCCAAUUGAAAGAAGGCGGCCACCGCGUCCUUCUCUACUUCCAAAUGACCCGCAUGAUCGACCUGAUGGAAGAAUACCUCACCUACCGCAAUUACAAAUACUGCCGCCUCGACGGCUCGACCAAACUCGAAGACCGUCGCGACACCGUCGCCGCUUUCCAGAGCAGCAACGACAUCUUCGUCUUCUUGCUCAGCACACGCGCAGGCGGGUUGGGAAUCAACCUCACCUCCGCGGAUACUGUGAUUUUCUACGACUCCGACUGGAACCCCACCAUCGACUCCCAAGCCAUGGACCGCGCGCACCGGCUCGGGCAAACGCGACAAGUCACCGUCUACCGCCUGAUCACGCGCGGCACGAUCGAAGAGCGCAUCCGCAAGCGCGCGCUGCAAAAAGAAGAAGUGCAGCGCGUCGUCAUUUCCGGCCAAGCGGGCGGGGAUAAAGUCGUGGAUUUCAAUAAUCGUGGCGGCGAGAAGGUCACGAAUCGCACGAAGGAGAUGGCGAUGUGGCUUGCGGAUGACGAGCAAGCGGCUGCGAUUGAAAGGCGGGAGGCAGAGGUGCUGGAGGAAGAGGCGAAGGGGCCUGCUGGUGCGGGCGGCCGGGGGAAGAAGAGGAAGGCGCCUGCUGCCGCCGGCGGCGGAGGGGCGAAGAGGGGGGCCAAGGAGGUUAGUAUGGAUGAUAUGUAUCAUGAAGGUGAGGGCAAGUUCGAAGACGGCCCCCCGAACGAUGCCUCCGGUGCCGCGACACCCGUGGCAGCCGGCGAUGGUCCGCCGGCGGCGAAGAAGAAGAAGGGGAUGAGUAAGAAGGCUAAGACGGUUAAGCAGCGAUUGGCUGUUAUUGAUGGGGAGGUCGGUUGA